GAUGAAUGUGGUUGCCUUCAUCAUGCAGAUCCAAAUGGACCAAUGUACUACAAAGGAGUUUACCACUUUUUCUAUCAAUUCAACCCUUAUGCACCAACAUUUGGGAGGUAUAUGGUAUGGGGUCAUUCUGUGUCCUAUGAUCUCAUCAAUUGGAUUCAUCUAAAUCAUGCUCUUGAACCAAGUGAGUCCUAUGACAUCAAUGGCUGCUAUUCUGGCUCAAUCACAACCCUCCCUGGGGAAAAACCUAUCAUUAUGUAUACAGGGAGUGAUUCUAACAAACAUCAAGUUCAGAAUUUGGCUGUACCAAAGAAUCUAUCAGACCCCUUCUUAAGGGAAUGGGAGAAACACCCUCAAAACCCUAUCUUGCUUCCACCCAGUGGAGUUGAAGUGGAUGGUUUCAGAGAUCCUACAACUGCUUGGCAAGGAAGUGAUGGGAAGUGGAGAGUGAUCAUUGGUGCCAAAAAUGGUGAUGAAGGGAAGGCUCUUCUCUAUUAUAGUGAGGAUUUUGUUCAUUGGAAACUGUUUCCUAAUCCUAUGUAUGCAUCAGAAAACACUGGAAUGUUUGAGUGUCCAGAUUUCUUUCCAGUGUACAUCAGUGGCACAAAGAAUGGGGUGGAUACAUCUGUCCACAACAGCAGUGUUAAGCAUGUCUUGAAAACCAGCUAUCAGAACAAACAACUAGAAUACUAUUUUCUAGGUGACUAUUUCCUUGAUCAGGAAAAGUUUGUUGCUGAUGCUGAUUUGGGAGGACCAAAUCUGAACUUAAUAUUGGACCAUGGAAUGUUUUAUGCUUCCAAGUCAUUUUUUGACUAUGCAAAAAGCAGAAGGAUAUUGUGGGGAUGGUCAAAGGAGUGUGACACCACACAAGAUGAUUAUGAGAAAGGAUGGGCUGGUCUACAGAGUAUUCCAAGGCAAGUUUGGCUUGAUGAAAGUGGAAACCGGUUAAUGCAAUGGCCAAUUGAAGAGGUAGAAAAGCUACGUGAAAAACAAAUUAGCAUAAAGGGAGAGAAACUUGUUGGUGGAUCAACUCUUGAAGUCUCAGGUAUCACUGCAUCACAGGCCGAUGUAGAAGUGUUGUUUGAGCUUCCAGAAGUAGAGAAUGCAGAGUUUCUUGAUGAAAGUGAAGUUGAUCCUCACUUACUGUGUAGUGAAGAAUAUGUAUCAAGAAGUGGCAUAAUAGGGCCAUUUGGUUUGUUUGCUUUAGCAUCUGAGGAUCAAACAGAGCACACUGCAAUCUUCUUCAGAAUAUAUAAAACCUCCAAUAGAUAUGUAUGUUUCAUGUGCAGUGAUCAAAGCAGGUCUUCAUUGCGGGAGAAUCUUGAUAAAUCCUCAUAUGGAACUAUAUUUGACAUAGACCCUAAUCAAAAAACAAUUUCUCUCAGAAGUUUGAUUGAUCGCUCCAUUAUUGAGAGUUUUGGGGAGAAAGGGAAAAUUUGUAUUACGAGUAGAGUUUAUCCCUCGUUGGCUAUUGACAAAGAUGUUCAUCUUUUUGCUUUCAACAAUGGAAGACAGAGUGUGGUGAUUUCAGAACUGAAUGCUUGGAGCAUGAAGCAUGCAGAAUUUGACCAAGACCAAAGCAUAAAAUAG